GAUAAGAGUCAAGCACAUGAGCUCAGUUUAGCUCGAGCCGAUUCAGUCUGGUCAAUAUACGGCCACGUAAUGUCGACUUCGCGCAAAUGAAGAAAUAUCAUCUUUCAUUAGAUGUUUUUUUCUUAAAAAAAAUAAAUGACUGUUCUGUGUUUACAACCCAGCAAAAACAGAACAAAAACACUGUUCGCUUCUUUUUGUCUGACCAUCGUCUAUUAGCUUUUGAGCUUUGAAGCUUGAGGCCUCUUUUCCGUGAAGAAAAUGGAUCGAAUUGCGUCUGCGAAUUUCUCUUGCCCAGCGAUUCCAAUGCCUCGCGUCUGUAGAAUCAAACCUUUUGGCCUAAGCAUCGUUACCGACCAUAGAAAGAGAUUCUCGUGUCGAGUAGCUGUAGCUUCUGGAGAUACGAAGGCUACGGUCGUUGACAGUGAACUUGACUUAGAACACAAGAAACACAAUCUACUGAGAGCUGUUCAAGAAACUCAACGAGGACUCACUGCCACUUCUGAUCAACGAUCUGUCAUCGAAGAGGCUCUGGUGACUGUGGAAGGGUUUAAUGGCGGCGAAGCCAUUGAUCUAGUGAAGUUAGAUGGAACAUGGAGGCUACAAUAUACAUCUGCACCUGACGUUGUUGUUCUUUUUGAAGCUGCUUCAAGAUUUCCCUUCUUUCAGGUAGGGCAGAUAUUUCAGAAGUUUGAGUGCAGAGAUCGAUCAGAUGGUGGGAUCAUCCGGAAUGUUGUUCAGUGGAGUGUUCCAAGCUUGUUAGAGGUUUCUGCUUCUUCUCUACUUUUAACUCUUUCAAAUUUCACAUUUUCCAGACACAGUUACUGUAAAAUGAAUCCAUGGCAGGAGCAAGAAGGUGCAACACUUGUUGUUACUGCAAAAUUCGAUAAGGUCUCUAGUCGAAACGUCUACCUUCAGUUUGAAGAGAUAAGUGUUAGAAACAUUAACAUCAAUGAGCAGCUUCAAGCUCUUAUCGCACCUGCAAUUCUUCCACGCUCAUUUUUGAGCCUUCAGAUAUUGCAGUUUAUACGUACUUUCAAAGCUCAGGUUCCAGUAACCUCAACCAGUCCAGGAAGGAGAUCUGUAGGUGGAUUGUAUUAUCUGUCUUAUCUCGAUAAUAACAUGCUCUUGGGUCGAUCUGUUGGAGGAGGAGGAGUAUUUGUCUUUACAAAAUCUCAGCCACUCGAGCUGUGAAAAUCAAAAAUUUCUGUAAACCUCUGUUUUUUUUUUUUUAACUGUAUAUCACAGAGAUAAUAUUAACAUUAUGUUAGCAGAUUCUGUUUAUGUACAAUCUAUUCGAAUUUAACU